AAAGAACCAAAGUUCUAGAAAUGGCCAUGGGAAAGAUUCUCUCCUGCCUGAUUCUUGAUGAUCCCUUAAUUCCAUUGUUGAAUAGAGGCAAGCAUCCCACAGAAAUUAUAGCUUGCAAUUCUCUAGCCUUAAGCAAUGUGGUAGUGUCAACCAAGCCAAGGGCAAAUGGGAAGUCAAACCCUGAGCCUAGCUCGUCAAAGCACAAUGAGGAGUUGAUGAGGAAGAAUACAAAGCUCAAAAGCAAGGCAACUUUCGACAUUGACAAUGUCCUUGACACUGUCUGUUUGUCUGCUUUGUUGCACGGCCUCAAGCCUAGUAGAUUCUUGGACGACCUGCUAGAAAAUCCACCAAAGUCAUGGAAUGAGAUCCAACAUUGGAUCAAGAGGCCGUCUUCUCUUCUCCAUGAUUCUCGCCAAGUAGACAGGAGUAAAUAUUGUGAUUACCAUCAUGGGUAUGGCCACAAUACAGACGACUACCAGAGUUUAAAGGAUGAGCUGGAAUUUUUAGCUCGCAAUGGAAAACUGGAAGAACACGGUACCAACUUGGCAAUAAUCAGAACCCAUACCAAGGGAAUCAAUACCCUUCUGAGCCGGCCAAAGCAUACAGGGGAUGCCAAUCCAAUAGACAAGGAUAGGGAUAGAGAACUGUGGCCUAGAACCAAAAGGACAAUAGAGGGUAAGCUACAUUGGAAUACCCCUAACCUCAAGCACGAUAAUAUGAUUUCUAGCAGCAUGCAUUCAAGAGGACAGAGCGCUAGAGGUCGUAAAGCCUAUGCUCAUUAAGUAAUGGUUGUGAAUAAGAAUAGGCCCCUAAA